AUGACAGCAGAAGAAAACGAGCUGCGGGCGGACGAUUUGCUACAUUUUUCAAACAACUCGCUGGACCUUCGAAAAGGGUUCCAGACGGAGGGAAACGAGCGCGCAACCACGGGCAACACACCUGUCGUUGGAACGCCGCAAACCCCGUUCAAGGGCCAGUCUGGACAUUCUCACAGCUCAUCGUACAAGGCUGCGACUCCCGGUGCGAUGGGCGAGCUCCUUGCUAUGCUCGAGGACAACUCGAUGCUUAACCAGUUCUCAUCCAUGUCGUCUGGCACCGCUUCCCAGAACCAACUCAACAGUCACUCGUAUUCGCAUUCCAACACGGAGUCCAAUAUCAGCUCUAACGAGCUCUCGCCGCAGCAGAUUUUGUCCGAGGGCAUUCCGAUGCCCGUGGCGUCUUCUUCUGAGUUUCAAGAGCCGUCAGCCGUUUCUGUCGACAAAAGCCUGCCAUCAUCAAACCAGCCGUGCAUCGACCCUAACCUUUUAAGCAACGCAAAUAUCUACAUGGAAAUGGGACUUACAGAUCAGGAUAACAGAGAAACCUCCGAACUUUCGUUCGGUCGUCGCCCUAGCGAACUCGCCACCAACGCAAUACCGGUAUUUUCGCAGGGUUCACGAGGCUCCAUCUCACACGCAGUCGAUUUUUGGGAUUUCCCGUCACAACGCAGCCAAAGUGCUCAUGAAUCAGCCUCAGAUCGAAUACCACAACCUCAACUCGCCGCACCCCAGGCACAUCGAAAAGCAAACUUGACAUCGCAGGGCCUAGGACUUCUUGCACGCUCACCACCGGGCAUGGACAUUCGAGAACGAUCGACUCUUUCGCUGAACGAAGGCACCUCCCCUUUCAAAAUAGACAACGACCUCACCCAGUUGCUGAACGAAUAUAACAUGAGCUACUCACAUCAAAGACCUACAAGGAUACGCACCGCGUCUUUUAACGCCGUUAACAAUCCCAGAAAGGGAUCAUAUUCAGACCCGCGACGCGUUCAAAAACAACGCGCCUCCAUGUCCCUGGUGGACGGUAACAAUCAAGACCUGAUUUCCAAACUUUACGAUGAAAUGUCCAAUUCACGGUCCAAGGUGGCCAAUCGGUCGUGGGAAAGUGCGAUAAUCUCGGACGAUGACGACGAAGAUGACGAAGUAGACGCAGUUGUAAACAACCCAAUUUCAGACGAUCCGCCCCACCAGUUUGUGCACCCCAACGUGCUCAACAGCACUGAUUUUAGUAAUACCCACAAUAAUUUGAAGAGUACAAGUUUCGACAUCGGCAGGUCCGCUGCAAGAAACUCCAAUUUUUCUGCGAAUUCCUCACUUUCACCUCCCCUGCAUUCUACUAUUUCAUCCUCGUCUAAUGGCAAACGCAAGCAUCCACCUAUGACAAAAACUCGUGGCAGUAAAUCCACGUCACCUCUCGAAGAGGAAGAAAAACCAUUCAGAUGUCAAGAAUGUCCGAAAGCAUUUCGUCGCAGUGAACAUCUAAAACGCCAUAUCAGAUCGGUGCACUCUUCCGAACGACCAUUCCAUUGUUCUUUCUGUGAUAAAAAGUUCAGUCGCAGUGAUAAUCUCUCUCAACAUCUAAAAACGCACAAGAAACAUGGUGACUUCUGA